CGGCGGCACACUUCGCCUCGACUCUCCGUCAGGACACCAUGGCCGACGACAAGAAGAAGUUCCUCGAGGUCUUCCAGCAGCUCAAGGACGAGCUGGUGCAGGCGGAGAAGGACGACGCGCAGGUUGCGAUCGCGGUUGACUGGAUCGACAAGAUGGUCGAGUACAACGUCCCCCACGGUAAGCUCAACCGCGGCCUCGCCGUGGUCGACGGCAUGCGCGCGCUGAACCCCGCCGGCGUCAGCGACGACCAGAUGCACAGGGCCAUGGUGGUCGGCUGGUGCAUCGAGUGGCUCCAGGCCGCCUUCCUCGUCUGGGACGACAUCAUGGACGAGAGCGUGACCCGCCGCGGCCAGCCGUGCUGGUUCAGGAACCCGAAGGUGGAGAUGGUCGCCAUCAACGACGGGCUGGUGCUGGAGUGCCAGAUCUACAGCAUGCUCAAGAAACACUGCAAGGCCCACGCCGGGUACGCGGAGCUCCUCGAGAUGUUCCACGAGAUCACCUACAAGACCGCCAGCGGCCAACUCCUCGAUCUCAUCACCGCGCCCAUCGGCGAGGUGGACCUCUCCAAGUACACCGAGGAGGCGUACAUGAGGAUCGUGACGUACAAGACCGCGUACUACACCUUCUACCUGCCCGCCGCGGCCGCGAUGCACCUGUCGGGCGUCACCGACCCGGCGGCGUUCGCCAAGGCUAACGAGAUUUGCGAGAAGCUCGGGCAGUUUUUUCAGAUCCAGGACGACUACCUGGACUGCUACGGCGACCCCGCGGUGAUCGGCAAGAUCGGCACCGACAUCCAGGACAACAAGUGCGGGUGGCUCGUGGUGCAGGCGCUCAAGCGGUGCAGCGCGGAGCAGCGGAAGAUCAUCGAGGAGAACUACGGAAAGAAGGAUGCCGAGUGCGAGAAGAAGAUCAAGGAGCUCUACGUCGCGCUCGACAUGGAGGCGGUUUACCUCAAGUACGAGGAGGAGAGCUACGCGGAACUCAAGGGCAUCAUGGAGUCCCAGACCGUGCUCCCGUCCGAGCUCUUCGGAGCCAUGCUCGCCAAGAUCUACAAGCGCCAGAAGUAAUCGCUCCGAGGACAGCUGAGUCCGCGUGAUUUUUAUUCGAGGGUUAUUUUUUUAUCA